AAAUUACUUAAAUAUUAUAUAUUAGGUUAAAUUUUUGUUUUUUAUAUUUUUGUUUAGUGGUUGAGUGUGUAGGGUUUAGUUUAGGAUAGUCAACAAUGCUUAGGGUAGUGUGAUUAGGGUUUAUAACGUAAGGCUGAAGAUUUAUGUAAAUAUAUGUAGGUUUUUAAUUAUAUGAAUAGUUUAUUUGACCCAAAAAAAUACAUGUUCUUCAUGAUUUGUAGAUCAUGGUUAGAACACGAGGUUUAGGUCGUGCUUUAGCUAGGGUUAUAGGCAGAGGUAGACCGGAUGAGCAUGAUGCAAUUGAUGUUCCCCGGAGGCAUAGGCCUACAGCAUCAGCCCGUAGGCAACAAGUACAUAUUGCGGUUGAUGAGGAUGUUUCUUAGGUGACUGAGGAUGUUCCUCAUAUGGCGGAGGAUGUUUCUUAGAUGACUGAGGAUGUCCCUCAUAUGGCUGACGAUGUUCCUCAGAUGAGUGAAGAUGCACCUCAGAUGAUUGCGGACGUAGAUGCGACUAUUGCAGAGGAAUUAGGUCGUGAUGGUGCUGAGGGGUCACAUGCUGAUGAGGGAUUCCCUGGUGAGCCACGUGACCCAUCAGUGUUGACUUCAUUUGCGGAGCAUGUUGCACAUGCCAUUUGGACUGGACAGGAGCGUCAUGAGCCGAAGUUGGUGUCGCACGGGAGGAAGGUGGCUUUAAUUGGGAGGCCAGUGCCUGAGAUUGAAGGGCUGGUUGCUGCCACAGGAUUAAGUCCAUUGAUCGGGUGUUCAGUUGCAACCGGUGAUCCUGGACUUAUUGAUGUGCCAUCAUUUUCUUCUAUUUUCUAAACCCUUUUUGCACCAUUUUAAUUAUUGAUUGGUCUUAAUUGUCAAUUAAUCAGACAGUUUUAUUAUUUG